AUGGCAACACGAGGAAGCACCUACUGGAAAGAUGAUAGGGUAAAGGUUAGGCUUUGUGAGAAGAAACGUUGCCAUCAAGCAGCCCAUUUGUUGCAGCUUUGUUGUGAGAGAAAAUCAGAGCAGGAAGAGGCCGACGGCAAGGCCAAGGUCGAAAGCAAAGAGGAUGCCAAAGGCACUGAGGUAGCCGAGGCAGAGUCAGGCGACAAAGAUGGAGGCUAUCCCAAAGCUGAAGAGGAGCCCAGCAAGGCGCCAGCAGUGCCAGCAGUUCCACCACCCUUUAGAGUGGUUUUUAAGGCCCAUGACUCCUAUCCGCCCAUGGAGACCGCCGUGGCAGUGACGCUCGGGCGUGUCUUCCACACACGUGGAUGGGAGACGGGGAUGGCUGGAGACGGGGCUGGAGACGCAUGGCUCACAGUCACAGCUGAGCAUGCACUGUUGGCCCGACAUGCAGUGGUGCCUGGCUCAUCAGAACAUUGGAAUAGGGACUUGCAACUGAUGCUGAGGAAUGCCCCUCACUACUAUCCCGAGUUGUCCGGCGUGUCGCUGGAGGAUGCCAAGAAGAGGGCAGAGGAACUCGGUGAAAAGUCCAAAGAAAAGUUGCUGCCAGGUGGCAAAGUGAAGCGUUCCUUGCUGCAUCAGGUGACCAUCCGAAAACUGAACCGCGGUGGCCGGAAAUGCGUCACCAGCGUGGCUGGAUUAGACACCUUCAGCAUCAAGCUGGACGAUGUGGCGAAGCUCUUCAAGAAGAAGUUUGCCUGUGGUUGCGCUGUGGUGAAGGGAGAGAACACUCUCCCAGACACUGUGGACAUCCAAGGUGACUUUGAAGACGAAGUCAUCGAUAUCAUCACAGCUGAAUGGAAACAAGUGCCGCCAGAGAAGAUCAGCGUCCUGGAUGCUGGGAAUAAGAAGAAAGGCAAAGGCCGGGUCAGAGAAUACUUUUUGUUUUUUUUUCUCCGCGACACGCUACACAAAGGCUAG